CAAACAAAAACCAUUAUCAAAAUGUGUGAAUAGGUCCAGUUGGAAAAUAAAUUACUUGGGCGUUUAAAUGAAAACUAGUAAUAGCAGAAAUCUAAAAUUUAUAUUGAAACAAACUCUCAACUCAAUAACACGUGAAAGCCAAGUAUGCGAUACAAAGUUUCUAUUAGUUAAAGUUUAAUAACAUUUAAAAGUAUCACGAAAGGAAAAUUUACGAAAAAAUAGUUUACGAAAUUCUACGUUAAAAUACGCAGCAAGAAUACGAGCGAACCAAAAAAGUCUUUUUCAGAGUGCCAAAGGAGCUGUCCCAAGGUUCAUCAUUUAGGAGAUCGGCAAAGCACAUCAACAGCAACUUACUGCGACUUACAACACAAUAAAUCUACUGCCACUAAAAUACGAUGGCUUCGAUUGAGGAGCGUUUUCAAGCCGCCGUCAAUGUGAUCAAAGGGUUACCGAAAAAUGGCCCAUAUCAGCCUAGCACCGCCAUGAUGCUCAAAUUUUACGGAUACUACAAGCAAGCAACAGAAGGCCCUUGCCAUCAAAAACGUCCAGGAUUUUGGGAUGUUGUUGGUAAAGCGAAGUGGGAUGCCUGGAAUGAUAAUCGUCACUUAACGAAACAUCAAGCUAUGGAACGUUAUGUAGAAAAUUUACGCGAAAUUAUUGAAACAAUGUCGUUUACCGAAAAUGUACAGAACUUUGUGGGUAGCAUUAGUGGCUUGGAUAAUAUAAACUUAGAUGAAUUGGAUAUGGUGGCACCUGGCAUGCGUGAGCUUGCAGAGUCGCACCCAAAUUCGCCAUUCAAUUCACGCACCAACAGUCCACAACAUGGAGCAAGUGUGAAUGGCAGCAGCGGUGAAGAGGAUGAUCUCUCCAAUACUGUUCAAUUCAACGGACAUGUUUCAAAGAAACCAAAUCAUAUAGAUCACAACAGUGGUUUGAUGAAUGGCACAACUGAACACGAAGAAAUCAUCGCAACACAAUCGAAGCCAACAACUUCAAUGAUGCCUGAAGUAUCCUUAACCCUUUCCACUUAUGCCACGUCCAGUGGCACGGUGGAUCAAUCUGAUGAUGAAUAUGGUGAUCCAGUAGACUUGAAUGGCGACCUCACUGAAGCCAUGGUUCAUAAUUCUGAACUUUUGAAACAAGUUCAGGCAACUGUAUUGCGUAUGAACGCCGAUUUGGUGGCAGUGAAUCAACGCAUGAAUAGCCUGGAGAAGGUUGUAAACGACGUCCGUUCUGCUGUGGUCCAGAACGCUAAGCCUAGAGGACGCAAAUACCCCAAAUGGUGGCCGUUUGAGGAUAUUUCGCCUAUUUGGUUCACACUACUUGUGCUAUGGCCCUUCGUAGUGGGAAAAUUAUCUCGUGCCCUAACAGCACCGCGUCGGAAGUGAAGGCGAUGCAAUGGUGGUGUUGUGGAUAAAACUUAGCAGUCUCUUUCAGUGUAUUCCGGCUAUUCAAAUACGUUACACUCAUAUAUUAAGUUGGCUAUACUGGGUACUGAUUAAUGUUUCUGGACAUGUAGAGGAUGAAUGCCAUGGGCGAUUGCUUCAGCUUUACUUUAUAUUUUGCGCAAAAUAAUCUGCGAAACAAAUGUUUUUAAUCGAAUUUAAGAAGCUGCGUAAAAGAAAUCCUUAAGAUACAUAAAUGUAGGAGUUAAAAUGGGAUUAGGUAAUGUGAAGCAUAAUAGUUAAAGUUUUGUAUACGUAUUUUUUGGUUUUUUAUCCUUUUUAUAUAUGUAUAAUUGUAAAUAUGUAUGUAUGUACCUUUAUGAUGCAUUCCUCCCACGCAAUAUUUUGUGCAAUUUUCGUCCGAAGUUAUUGAGAAAAAACGGUUGUAAGGUUAUUUUUUUUAGCAGAAAAAAAAACAUUUCUGAUCGCUGAUGAAUCAACAAUCUUUUGAGUUCCACAUUUUAUGUCUCUAUUCUUUGAUAUACAAUUUAUUCGUUAUAACUUCAAUUUACAACUUAUAUAAAAAAUAAAACCAAAGGGCGCAUUUUGUCAAAGUAUUAACUCCAGAAUAAUAAUUAUGAAAAUUAUGUAAUAGUAUACGUUUGUAUGAUUGGACGUGCAUACAUAUGUAUAUACAAAAUAUUUCUUUAA